AUGGCGGCGAACACAAAGCAAGCGAACAAGGCGAUUACUUUGAAGGGAAGCGCUGAAUUAGUCACGGAAUUCUUUGGUUACGGGAUAAACAACAUCUUGUAUCAAAGAGGAAUUUAUCCGGCUGAUUCUUUCAAGAGAGAGCAAUUCUAUGAUUUGACCUUAUUUGUAUGUGUCAACAAAGAUCUACAAGACUACCUGUCCAAUGUACUAAAGCAGUUCAAAGACUGGCUAGAGGACAAUGCCCUGCAGCGGAUUGUCAUGGUCAUAAGCGAGAUAGACUCUGAUGAAGUAUUAGAGAGAUGGCAGUUUGAUAUUCAAUGUGAGAAGACUGAGCAGACAGAAAACAAGAAAGGAACUGGUAAACCUCCUGCAUCAAAAAGCAAGAAAGAUAUUCAAAGAGAAAUGAGGGAUGUUAUUAGGCAAAUUACAGCCAGUGUUACUUUCCUUCCCUUUCUUGAGAGGCAAUGUGCAUUUGACCUACUGGCCUAUACUAACAAAGAUCAAGAGAUUCCUGAAACUUGGGAAGAGUCGCAAGCAAGGAUCAUUGCAAAUUCACAAGAAGUGCGAUUAAGGUCCUUCUCAACAACUGUGCACAAAGUUGACACCAUGGUAUCUUACAAGGGAGAGGAUUGAUGUGUAAAAAGAAAAGGGAAAUUGCUUGUCCAGCACACAACAGCUGUACCAAAGUACAGAUGUGGAGAGGAAUCCACAGUUAUUCUACAAUGAGUUAUUUUAAGUUUUAUCAAACUGCAAAUUCCUCAGGAGGUUGAGCCCAAUGUGACUAGUGCAACCUUUUUAAAAAAAAAUUACCAAAAAAAGGGGAAAACAAGAGAGAAUAUCUCAAGGAAAUUGCUCUUUCAAGUUCAAGAGGUUAUUUUCACUCUGAAAAUUGACUUCAUGUCAAUUAUGAAAUUCAUAUCAAAUAGUUUUGGUCUAUAAAUGUUUAUCAUUGUUAUGAUUUCAGUAAAGGCCAGUAUAUCAGUUUCUCACUUGAGGAUGAUUCUGAAAGAAUUGAAAUAACCAGCCACAGAUGUAUCAAAAAUGAAACUGAUAUGGACUUUUCCAUCCUCGAUACUAGCAAAACAAGGAAACAAGUAGACUUAAAUAAAUAUAUUAUAUAUAUAAAACCCAAAAGAAAACAAAUAGAUUUGCUUGUGUUCUUAUAGUUCUGUGUUUUUUUUUUUCUUGCUUUAUUAUUUAAUACUUAUUACUUUGGCGCCUAACGAGCUUAGGUAUAUAAUCUUCCUAAGACUAGUCUGCUAAAUUUAUGUCUCCUUGUUUGAGGGUGUGGGUUGUCUCAUAAAAAUAGAUUACAUGUUGCAGUGUGUCUAGGUUCAGAUAUAAAUAACAAAUGACAUCAAAUUGUGGUGAAAACAAUUAAGUGGUACAGAAGGCCCAGCUGAGUGUGUCACUAAUUUUCUUACCACAUUUUAACCUCUUCUGGGAUUUAUUACUGUACCGACCUACAACAACGUGGAAUCUAUUUUUUUUACAUAAUAAAAAAGGCAAAAUGUUGUUGAUGGUGAUGUCAUCUGUGUCUGUCCUACAAUACAAAUUAAAAUGCAUGUAGGUUUCAGCUUAUCAAAUAAUUAACAAUUAUUCCACGAGCGCGCAUUGAAUAUGAGAUGAUAGAUAG